AUGAAGACGAGGACGAGGGCGAGGAUCCACUCGUCAAACAACACUUUACUUUUGGCUCAAUUUACGUCCAAAGGACCGGUAGUUGUGCAAAAGAAGACCGUCGGGUAUCACUUUUUCAAUCCAACCGACCCGGAAUAUAAAUUGGCCAAGAAGAUGCUUGCAAUGAUACAUCGGCGAUUAACAACUCCGCGUUUCUUUAAGUAUAAUAUCGAAACGCUGACUCCACCUCUUCCAAAGCAUAUCAAUUCUUUGGUUGGCAAAUGCAAACUCGGU